AUGCCCAACAGUGCUCAUUACCCAGCGUUAGCUGGAUUAUCAAGAGAAGAGUUCACGGCUAAAAUGCUCAGCACACUACUCUACAGUUUCUUUGAGCUCGGGUCAUUCGUCAUGAUGGUCAUCGUACUAAAACGCAGACUUGGAUAUUCUGGUUUGCAGCAGCUAGCCUUUGUUCUAGACGUGUACGCCAGUGUGGUUCAGACGAAGCUGAACUUGAUUUUCGUCUACAUCAUGCAAGUGUCGUUGGAUCACCACGGUGCUGAUUUCACAUUUAAAUUCGCGUGGUUAAACUCGAAGAGAAAGUUCUGA